GCAGUCGGGCUCCCUGACGGACAAAGCGGCACCAUGAUUUCGGCGGCCCAGCUUUUGGACGAGCUUAUGGGCCGGGACAGGAACCUGGCCCCGGAUGAAAAGCGCAGCAACGUGCGGUGGGACCACGAGAGUGUUUGUAAAUACUACCUUUGUGGGUUUUGUCCAGCUGAAUUGUUCACAAAUACCCGUUCUGACUUAGGUCCAUGUGAAAAAAUUCAUGAUGAAAACCUCAGAAAACAGUAUGAGAAGAGUUCUCGGUUCAUGAAAGUAGGUUACGAAAGAGACUUCCUUCGCUAUUUACAGAGCUUGCUUGCAGAAGUUGAACGGCGAAUUCGAAGAGGCCAUGCCCGUUUAGCAUUGUCCCAGACUCAACAGGCUUCAGGUCAAGCGGCAGGACCUACUGGUAAAAAUGAAGAGAAGAUUCAAGUAUUGACGGACAAAAUUGAUGUACUUCUACAACAGAUUGAAGAACUGGGUUCUGAAGGAAAGGUGGAAGAGGCUCAAGGCAUGAUGAAACUUGUUGAACAGUUAAAAGAGGAAAGAGAAUUGCUCAGGACGACAACUUCAACAAUUGAAAGCUUUGCAGCCCAGGAAAAGCAGAUGGAAGUUUGUGAAGUGUGUGGAGCUUUUUUAAUUGUAGGAGAUGCACAGUCCAGGGUAGAUGAUCAUUUGAUGGGAAAACAGCAUAUGGGUUAUGCUAAAAUCAAAGCUACGGUAGAAGAAUUAAAAGAAAAGCUAAGAAAAAGAACUGAAGAACCUGAGCGUGAUGAUCGAUUGAAAAAAGAGAAACUAGAACGAGAAGAGAGAGAGAAAGAGCGUGAAAGGGAAGAAAGGGAAAGAAAGCGACGGCGUGAGGAAGAAGAAAAGGAAAAAGAAAGGGCUCGUGAUAGAGAGAGGAGAAAGAGAAGCCGUUCACGAAGCAGACAUUCAAGCAGAACCUCUGACAGGAGAGGUAGUCGGUCAAGAGACCAUAAAAGAUCAAGAAGCAAGGAAAGAAGGCGAAGCAGGAGUCGAGAUCGACGCCGAAGCAGAAGUCAUGAUAGGUCAGACAGAAAACAUAGAUCACGCAGCAAGGACAGGAGAAGGUCAAAGAGCCGGGAUCGUAAGUCUUACAAGCACAGAAGCAAAAGCAGAGAACGAGAACAAGACAGGAAAUCAAAGGAGAAAGAAAAGAGGGGAUCUGAUGAUAAAAAAAGUAGUGUGAAGUCCAGUAGUCGAGAAAAACAGAGUGAAGAUACAAGCAUGGACUCCAAGGAAGGCGAUUCUAAGAAUGAGGUCAAUGGGACCAGUGAAGACAUUAAAUCUGAAGUGCAGCGUAAGUAUGUACAGAUGAAGAUGGAGCUAAGCCAAGUAAGAAGAAAUACUAAAGCACCUUCUGAAGGAAAACACAGUGUAGUCCUGCAAAAUCUUUUGAGGUACAUUGUUUUGUAUCGGCUAUUUUGUAGCAGACUCAUACCCCCAUUAGUGUGCCUCUUGGGAACAUAUUUGUAAUAUAGUCACCAUAGAAGUUAAUUAUCCUAUUUUUUUAUUUUUAGGGGAUUUGUUAUAUUUUUUAACAAUUUGAACUGGUUUUGUAAUUAAGUCCAUAUUGUGUUGGUGCAUCAGAAACUUUUACUUUAAUACUUAAUAUUUGAGGCACAUGUUGGACUAUUUUGUUUUUAUAUAAACUGCUAGUAUUUCUUUGUCAAGGAUGUUUCUAGUUUUUUUGCUUUGCCUUGCAUUCUAAUGCAGUUUGUUCUGUAACUCGAGAGCCAGUAGCAUUGGAUUGAUGGAAGUGUAGGGUUUAUGAAUAAUUGCAGCUGACUACCAUACCUCACACAGCGUUGGUGUUGUGAGCGGCCCAUGAAAAGCCAAAUUAAAAAUCAAGGAUUCAGUCAAACUAAGCAGGUACUCAUGCCAGGUACUCCUUUCUCUACCCACAUCCAUGUUUGAAUGCUGUUGCCUGUAAUCUUUAAGCUUACUGUUGUGUGUUUUAUUUUCAAAAAGUGAAAAGGAAUUUUUGUGCAUAUUUUGUGAAAAUUGUUAACCUGAUAUUAACUUGAUGGAAUUUUCUUUCAACUGUGUGUAGGGAUGCAGUGCUGCCCAGAAUUAGAUACCUUUAAAGAGUAUUAAAUGCAAUAAAAACUACAUAAUAAUCGCCUUGUUACAUUCAAUGCAUUUCAAGUCUUUAAGAGGUAUGUGUUUAUAAUUUCCUACUGUGUAGGAGAAAUGCCAAGCAGCCAUGGCACACAGCAACCUGUACUGGCUGAUACCAGACUUGGGAGGCAAAUGAAAAUAAAGGCCAAUGUCAGAAACACCUAAUAGGUAUAUAUAAAUGGCAAGAAUGUGUACAAGCACAUUGCAUAGUUAAAUGGAAACUAAAUCUUAAAUAUAAAUAGUCAUCCAUUCUUGACCUAUCAUUAUUCUCAGGUCAUUUCUUAAAUAAGGAAUUAACCCAAAUUUAAAAAAACCAGCUGAAAUUUCCCUUGCAACAUAUGCUGAAACUGUUAAUACUUGGCUCCUCAGAGCUCCUAUACACUUAAGAGUACAAUCCUCUGAGCAUUGCUGGUGUGAAACCUCCAUGCAUUUCAGUGGCGGUUGCUUUUGAUUCAUCUGCAAGUCCUUUUGGAAUACGUGAAAGUUGCACAGCUGCAGUGGUUGGUGAAUUGUGACUUCAUGUUGUCCUUAACUGUUAAGUCUUACACUUAAAGCCCCUUUAUAUCAAUGAGAAUUGCGAAGAGUUAAGCGGGCAGCAAAUAGAGCCAGUACUUAGGAGUGGCAAAUGAAAGUAAUCUCUGUUCCCUCUAUCUGACUCUCUUUCCCCAACAUUUUGCAUUAUAGGGGAGCCGUGUGACAAGACUGCGAAGAAUCCUGAAGACCACUUCCUAUGAAGAUCUGCUUUAAAAUGAGGUGAAAGAAAGCUGUAGUGGCAUAGAAAAAAAAUUAAAGUUCAGUUAGAUUUUUUUAAAAAUAAAAAUUAAAUUCAGGACUGCUAUGACCUCAGAAUGCAGAGAAAUGUUAAUAAGCAAACAAGCUACGGAGAAUUUAAGUCCUUUAUCAUUUUUCCCCCUGUAAGACUUUUAAGAUGAUAAACCAACAUAACCUGAACACGUGGCUUGCUCAGUGUUUAAUUGCAAGUUUUCAUUCUUGAACUUUGAAACACAAGGAUAAAUGUUUAGUAUUUGUGUGACUCAGACUAAAACGAAUCCCAUUUUUACAAGGCUAUACCUAGCUUCUUGAUAUACAUAAAUGGAAAUAAAGUAUCUAUGAAUUUCUGUUACAUUCGAUUGUCAUUGAGUGUUUAAUAUUAAAUAGAUUUCUUUCCAAAUAAACCAUAUGUGUUUAAGCUCAUUCUUGUCUGCCCCCCCCCCCCGAUCAAUAGGAGGGGGCUGAUUUUUCCCAACUAAACAGUAGUUUCCAUUUUUUAAAAAAGUAAAUAAAGAAGCAGGUAGUGUUGCAAUUA